AUGUGGCCGUCAUGUCAGGGGAUAUCCCUGCUGGGGCUUCUUCUGGUGGCAGCCGCCGCUCUAGCUCUGCACCGCACCCCGGACGGGGCCAUGGCCAUUACCUCGCCUUUGGCGGGGCAGGACUUGCUCGAUUUUCAACCCUAUUUCCAGGAACAGGAUCAACUGGUGGCCGCCUCCAAGAAGCAUGAGGAGCACGAAGAAGGUGGCGAGGAGGAGUCCGGCGAGGAGGACCAUAGCGAGCACUUCAAGAAGCAUGGUGGCGAAAGCAAGAAGGAGCACAAGCACGGGGAGAAGUCGGAGAAGGGCGAGAAGGGCCACCACGACAAGGAGGGAAAAAAGGGCGAGCACGGCGAGGAGGAGGGUCACGAGAAGAAGCACAAGCACUCGGAGUCCCAUCACAAGAAGAAAAAGAAGGGCGAUAAGGGUGAGAAGGGCAGCGAGUUCGAGGAUCACGGCUCCUACAAGAAGGGUCACUCCAUCAAGGGCAAACACAACGUCCACAAGCUCAACGAGGACAAGAAGGAGAAGAAGUACUACGACGAGGAUCAUGUGGAGGGCGGGGAGGAGAAGCACGGUGGCUUUGAGGAGGGCAAGAAGCACAAGAAGGGCAGCAGCUACAAGAAGGGGGAGCACAAGGAGGGCGGACACGAGGAGCACCACGGCAAGAAGGGCCACUCCAAGAAGGGACACAAGAAGAAGGGCCACAAGGGCCACAAGAAGAAGCACGAGGACUCCAAGAAGUGGGGCCACAAAAAGGAGCACGGCAAGAAGGGCGGCGCCGAGCACAAGAAGAAGUGGCACAAGUCCUCCAAAAAGAGUAGCGAGCACGAUCACGGACAUCACUGA